CAAUAAUGCGAGAUGAGCGCGCAACCCCAGAGUCGGUCACGAUUGGACCUAAUGGUCAGGGGUCCCUUUACCUUUACUGUACCUUCACUGCUCUCCUCGGAUUGCGCAUAAGAAUGUGAGAAUGUAAGAAAAGCUUGCUGGAUCAGAGCAGUGGCCCAUUUAGUCUGGCAUCCUGUUCUCAGUGUGGCCAAGCAGUUGCCUAUGGGGAAACCAGCAAGCAGGAUUCUUGCAAAACACCAAUGUUCUGAUAGCCAUCAGGGAAACAGCAGUAGCAAAUAUUGCCUUCACUACCUCCAAACUGAGAAGGGAAAUGUAAACUCAGGUCACCAGGACAAUGGGGCAAAAGGAGAUGUGCCUUGGAGGCAGGAGGAGUGAGUGACUCAGUUAUUCCUAAAACAAAAAGUGAAUGUCAAAGGGCAUAUUUGUAAAAAGAGAGGUGAAAAAAUCUGUGGUUGGAAAGAUGCAAUGGUUAAAAGUUAGAGUUUUAAUAUGAUGAAAGUUUGAAGAAAGGAAUUGGCGGGGGCAGCAGAAUAAGCCAAAGAUGCCUGACACAGAUAAUAGGAGCUGGGACAUUAUUUGUGCCCCGCCCAUCUGACUGGGUUGCCCCAGCCACUCUGGGCGCCUUCCAACGAAUAUAGGGCGGGAGAGUGCUAGAGCCCUGUCUAGUCAUGUUGUAUGGGAUCAAUUCCAAUCUGUUACCUCCGAGGAUGUGGACAGGCUGCUUGGACGAGUGAAACCGACCACCUGUCUCCUUGAUCCUUGCCCAUCCUGGCUAAUAAAAGCGAGCCGGGAAGGGCUGGGCGAUGGGCUCCGCAGGGUGGUGAAUGCUUCCCUCUACGAGGGAGCCUUCCCAGACCCACUGAAAGAGGCGGUCAUUAAACCGCUUCUUAAAAAAAAAACCAUCUUUAGACCCGGCCAAUAUGGCCAACUACCGCCCAGUCUCAAAUCUACCAUUCUUGGACAAGGUGAUUGAGCGGGUGGUUGCUGAACAACUCCAAGCACGCCUGGAAGAAGCAGACCAUUUGGAUCCCUUCCAAUCGGGAUUCAGGCCUCACCAUGGGACUGAAACUGCCUUGGUCGCACUGGUCGAUGAUCUCCGGCGGGCUAGGGACAAAGGCUCCCUCUUGGUUGGUCAGAAUGGAAAGAGUCUGCUAGUGCUGUGAUGGCGUCUCCCAAACGGCCACCGGUGGACGUGUUAACUACUGACGAAAAUUAAUCUCAUUUGUGAAAUGCCAACUUCUCUGCCAUGGGGCAUGCACAAGUCUGGCACAGCAUGAUGGGAAGGACUAUGCCGUGCUACCAAUGAAACUGAAGGCGGAGAGGUGUCCGUGGGAUGGAAUUUGCCAGCAUGGAGGCCCCACGCUCUCUGGGCCAGAUCUACCGAGAGUACCACAACAACAAUGUGAUUUCUUUGCACUACAACUACACGGGCAAGCUCUAUGGCAGCAAAUACAAGGGCAGUCUCAAGGCGGAUGCCAUUGUGUUCCUGGUGGUGUGUGCCUUCAUUGUGGUGGAGAACCUUGUGGUCCUGCUGGCUAUCUGGAGGAACAAGAAGUUUCACUUGCCCAUGUACUACCUGAUUGGGAACUUGACCCUGUCGGACCUGCUUGCUGGCGUGGCCUACACUGCCAAUAUCAUCAUGUCCGGGCCCAACACUCUUAAGCUCACCCCUGUGCAGUGGUUUCUGCGGGAAGGUGGGGUCUUUGUCACGCUGGCGGCAUCCGUCCUCAGCCUCCUUGCAAUUGCCAUUGAGCGCCAUGUCACGAUGGUCCGCAUGAGACUCUACCACGGGGACAAGAAAGGGCGGAUGUUCCUGCUGGUGGGGGCCAGCUGGCUGGCCUCCAUCUUGCUCGGGGUGCUGCCGAUCCUCGGCUGGAACUGCAUCGAAAACCUCCCCGAGUGUUCCACAGUGUUGCCCCUCUAUUCUAAGCAUUACAUCCUCUUCUGCAUCACCGUUUUCCUGGCCAUCCUGGUCUCCAUUGUGGUGCUCUAUGCCCGCAUCUACCGCAUGGUCAAGUUCAACGGGCAGCGGCUGGGCAGCCUCCGCAAAGGCAUGCUCAAGAAGUCCCAGAAGUAUAUGGCCUUGCUGAAGACAGUGACCAUCGUGGUGGGCACUUUCAUUGCCUGCUGGCUACCCCUCUUCCUCCUCCUGUUGUUGGACGUUGCCUGCCAGGCCCAGGCCUGCAGCGUGCUCUACAAAGCAGACUAUUUCCUGGGCCUGGCGAUGAUUAACUCCCUCCUGAAUCCCAUCAUUUACACCCUGACCAGUAAGGACAUGAGACGGGCCAUUCUCAAGCUGCUCUGCUGCCUGCUGGUGGUCACUCCCGGCACGGAGGAGAGCCGUGCCAAGCGCUUUGGUCUCCCCAUACUGGAGGGCAGCACCAGCAAAUCAGAGCGCUCAUCGCACCAGCACGAGGGGCCUAAUGCUAGCGUGUCACUUGGGAACAGCACCCCCAAAGCCAUCAAGGCAAUGGUGCUGAAGGCCGUCUACUGAAGUCCUUUGGUUAUCUUGCCCCAGCGGCCAGUAGUGGGGUAUGAGCAGCCAUGGGUCAAGCAGGGGGCUGGGGGGCGGGGCGUUUCAAGUCCCAGCAGGGGCCCUGAAGGGAAAUGCUGUGGCAGAUCUUGGGAGGAAACCUAGGCAGGGCUAGCAGGUAAACCAGGAGACUUGAGGAGCAGACAGGGAAGCAGGGGUGUUCUAGUACUUGGCACCCAAACCAAAUCUGGUUCUUGCCCAGGCAAGGACUGAUUUGGAAACCUGACGGAUAUGCCAAGGUGCCUGAGUGGCUGGAUCUUCUUGAGCACCUAGAAUGAUAACAAAGUACAGUUACUUCCACCCUGUAGCCUAAAGUAGUUCAUCACAAGAUUAGGAGGCGCACCCUUCUAAUCCUUGUUGCAUCUGUGCAAAAUCAAGGCUGCCAAACCCAUAGAAACAACCCUUCCCUCCACCAAGGUCUUGCUAGAACUAGAACUGGAGAGAUAUGAAGACAGAGAUAGGCAAGAGCUCUUUUGGAGAACGUCAGUGGCUUCUUUUUGAAAGAAAACACCACCUUUGUGCUGUUUUCUCUCUCUGCGAUGCUCACUCCAACCUGCCCGUUUCUAUGUCCCAGCCUCCACACCCAGGGGCUGGUCCUCCUAAUACCUUCAUACUGACCACUUAGUCCUUCAUGAUGCUGAUAAAAAGUGGUGGAAAGACAGAUCUAAUUAAUUAUAGUGCUAUUGAGGGCUGAGACUAACCUAGUCUGGAAUCCAUCCCCCAUGAAAUGUAUACGUUCAGUGUACAUGUAUAAGUUCAGUGUCUUUAGACAGACAUACAAGUGCACUGUAUAUCCUUGUACUGUAUGUGAGCUUAUGUUGAUGAUGCCGUUAAAUUAUGUCUCUUUGCGCCAAAAACUGAUUCCCCCCCCCUCUUCAAAAUAAAGUUGUUUAAUAAAAAAAAGUUAUCCUGCUGGUUUGGGCCAUGUUAAGUGGCUAUGGAAUGGUUGUAAGUUGCCCUGUUGUUGUCUUGGCUGUUCUCUCUCUUACCCCAGAGAACUAAGGAAGAAAUAUCCUGUUCUUCUUCCGCCUCCAUUUGCCUACGGGGCACACACUUAGAAUGCAGCAAAAAGGAAGGAAGGAAACCUCUGAGUCUGGUAUCCUAACCUUGUAUAUAAAACUACAACCCACUAUUAAAGAGAUAAACGUCAAAAAGCAUUCGCUGGACUC